GCGCCGAAUUCCGUUGACCGACGACUCUCACCAUCCAACGCAUGCGAAGAUCGACGCCGAAGACUGCAUGUCCACACCGACAGCACCGGCAGCUCAUGCGACGACGUUUCAGCAACCGCAAACUGUAGCAGGGCAAGAUGCGGUUGCUCAAAACGACCAGGAAGCAACGGGUCCUCUCCCCGUAGCAGGCGUAAUGGCAGGCGUCGCCAAAUCAGUUGCUACGAAAAGCGCCUUCGCUGCCACAGCGAUGGGAAAAGGGCUUAUGAAAUGGUGGUUUCGCUUUCCCAUCAAGCUAUUUCGGCCGCAUACCAUAAACCCAUGGACAGUCGUAAACCAUAUGGCUGCAGCGCAUGGGCAAAAGGCUGGAGUCGCGUACAUGAGAGUGGUUGCCGCCGAGGAAGGGUUCGGCGUUCUGGGGAGGAAUAUCAUCCCUCUACUCUUGGCAAACGCAUGUGCGGGAGCAGUGCUCUUCAACGUCUACGCAUCGGCGACGUAUGCGCUGUCAAACCAAGAGGAAUCCACUACGUCUCUCUCCGCCGCAUUGGCUUUCGACCAUGCCCACCCGUUUAUCGCAGGCGCAAUGGCCGGUGCGAGCACAUCAAUCAUUUCAACACCCAUCGAUAAUGUGAAAGCACGGAUCACACCCGCAGAUAUCGUAGCGCAUCGUCACGAAGGGAUGUUGAAAUUUACUUAUCGAACAUGUCAAGCAGCGCUGAAGGAUGAUAAAACAUUCUGGGCGAAGUGCAGGCGACUAUACAAGGGGAUCGGAUUUCUGGCUCUCAAGGAUGCCGCUGGAUUCGGGCUAUUUUUCUUCUUCUUUGAAAACAUUCGACGGUUUGGGAAAGGUUUCGUCGCAGAUCGGUGGAAUCUUAACGAUGAAAGUGAGAGAGUCGCCACUUUGACUCCAUUAGAGCAGGCUGCUAAGCGCCGCUCAUGGGCUGUCACGAUCGCCAACGCAACGGCGGUCAUUUUCGCUGGUGCUACGGCCGGUGCUGCAUAUCAAGCCGUCAUAUACCCACUCGACAAUAUACCCACGGUGAUGGAGUCUGUUCGUGGAGCCGGACAACCGCAGGGCGCCCCGACACCGUCAUUGACAAAGGCCGCCACCGAAAGCAUUGCCCCGCUGCUUGAUGACGGAUUCCAUAGCGCCAAUGCGACGGGAGCAGCGCAACAAACGCGCUACCAGUGGAGCGAAGUGUGGCAGGUCGUGCGGCAGAAGGGGAUACGGCCGUUCUACGCGGGCAUCGCACCACAGCUGUUACGAGUGAUGCCGCCGUCCGCGUUGGGGCUUUUCGCCUACGAGGUUGCUAGUUCCCAAUUCUGGGACAAUGAUGAGACUUGAAGCAGAGGACCGGCCCCUAGUUUGUUCCCCCUGCGCAAAGGGGCUUGGGAUGAAACGGGCCGCGGAAGCCGUAUGACGACUGGCG